GAUAGGAAAACACAAAGAUGGGAAAUGUAAACACUGUGGGGAGCGUGAAACGGUUGAACACAUUCUAAUGGUAUGCGGGAAGUAUGGAGAGCAGAGGGAUCGGUUCAGAAUGGUGCUGCACCAGGCAGAAGAGACAUUUGGGAUGGGAAAUGUUCUGCAGAUGAAAAGGGCCAAUAUUCAAAAAGGGCUAAUAAAGUUUCUCAGGGACACAGGGUUGUUGGACAGGAUAUAGGAAGAGGGUAAUUCAUUAGUAUUUAAUUCGGUUGUUACUAUGUCAUUUAUCCAAUUUUUUGGCUCGGGUUUUAUCUACACUCUGGGUGUGUUUCACUGGUUGUCAGGAGGGAUUACUUUCAGUCUGUAACUGCCAGAUCUCGUGCUAAACCGUCGGUCCAGUAGGUGGCGGUAAUGCCCCACGGCACCGAGGGGUAAACUGCCAAUAAACAAAAAGAAGAAGAAGAAGAUCUCGUUCGACUGCUUCUUGGUGAAAAGCAGUCAUCUGUGGACUGUCACACACCAUCAACGUAGCGGUUACUGUGAUGUGUUUUGAGCGUUUUCCUACUUCACGUUGACGUCAUGGAAGCCAAAAUGGAGCUCGCACCUCUCAGACCGUGGGAUGAUUUUUACCCCGGAACGGAACGAUUCGCCAAGCCGGAGUUCGGUGAUGUGGCAAAAUGGAACAACAGAGUUAUCAGCAAUUUAAUGUACUACCAGACGAACUACUUCGCCGCGGCUGUUGUGGUUUUUCUCAUUGUUGGAUUCCUGAACCCAAUUGGCAUGUUUUUGGGAGGAACAGUCGUGACUUUGGUAUUCAUGGGUUCCGUGUGGGCCGGGGAGAAUCAAGUCACCAUCAAGAAUUUCAAGAGGAAGAACCCUACUCUGUUUGUCAUCGGCGUCAUGAUCACCAGUUACUUACUGCUGUCACUGUUUGGCGGCGUCAUGGUCUUCAUCUUUGGCAUCACCUUCCCUCUGCUGUUAAUCCUGAUCCAUGCCUCGCUGAGACUGCGCAACAUCAAGAACAAAAUGGAGAACCAGUUGGAAGGCGUCGGGAUGAAGAAGACUCCGAUGGGUGUCAUCAUGAAUCUCUUGGAUCAGCAGGAGGAGAGAGUCAACAAAAUUCAGGAUUUCAUCGAAAGCAAACUGAAGCAAUAAAAUUGUAGCUAGGGGAAGGAACGUCUGCUUCAUCAUCACGCAUGCCACCAGUAGAACCACAUUUGUAUUUUUGGCCCUCCUUUUUUUUGUUUUAGAAAAGUUAAAUAAGCACGACGUGUACAAAUGUUUGGCUUAAGCCUUUAUAGGGCACUCAUUGGCUGCCAUUUACAGCAGUAGAUGUCCCAAUCCAUAUCGUCUUGGAGGGAUGGCAGCGAUCAUUCACAAAUAGUCCUCUGUUUAAAUAAAUUGGAUGUCAGUCGUUGGCAAUGAGUCACUUUAGUAUGAAAAUUUAUGAAAUGCAUAUAUAUAUAUAUAUGCACACACACACACACACAAUUUUAGUGUAUUUCUUUAUAUAGUUUUAUCUAUUUAAAAUAAAAUGAUUCAUAAUAUUAAUUUAGAUGUAGCGUCACAUAUGUAGACAUAUAUUGUGAGUCAAAUAAAUGUUAAUAUUGUAGGCUACAUGACCCAAACUGACGUUCACUGAUGUAAAUGCUAGGUCUUUAUGGGGUUUAAGUUUUUUUGUUUUUUGAGGUUUUUUAGCUUACCAAAAAUCGUCACUUGCCCUAUAAAGGCUUAAUCACAGUUAAAAGACGAAUGACAGCAAAGGUCUGAGCAUUCCCUUGUCAAAAGAUUUAAAAAUACUCACUCCCUUGCCAGUAUUGCACUUGUUUGUUUAGAGCCUAAGAUUUAUUCAUGCUACCUUGUUACAAGCAUCAUCAUUUUAUAAAAAAAAAAAAAUCUUAGUCAACUAGUAAACCCAGUUAAUAUAUAUAUUCACAUAAGAAGAUUUAUUCAAAGGCAAAAUGUCCAUGUUUUCUUUUCACUCCGGGACCUUUAUAAACAGUGGUCAAAGGCCAAUGUGCUUCUGGUUUUACAUGUGUUCUCACUCCUAAUCCCGAUAUAAAUAGAACAAUUUUUCAGAUGGUGUGACCAUGUGCCGAAAGCACAGACUAGCUUGAGCUAAUCUCUGAUCGGGGCUAUGCAAUUGAACAGGAAUGGCUUUUUCAGCUUUAUUUGAAUGUGUAUAUGUUUGCUGUUUACGUGUAUUAUUUCUAAAUAAAAUGGCUGUAGGAUGCACAGAAUUAUUCAUUUAAUGAGAAAUACCUUGAUCCCAAAAAAUACUGGAGUGGUAGCAUAAUAAUGAUGUAACUUUUAUACUGCUGAGAGUUUCAAGCAACACUCCCAUGUGCGUAUUGACUGCACAACUUGUGCUUGAAGGCCAUUCAGAGAAGUCAAGUGAAUGGAUUUAGUAUGUCAAUGUUACAUGUGACCUUUCCCAUUCAACAGUGAUCCUGUGACCAGAGCUAAAUAUUAAACAUGGCUGUAUGAAACCAGUUAUUGAUGCAUUGUUUUUCUUAACAGCAUGGAAAUUUUUUCUUACCAAUGAAUGAUAUACAGUAGUUGUGUCUGUGGGAUUGUUUUAGAAGGAAAAUGGACACUACAAAUACUCAAUUUUUUAAUAAAUACAGUAGAAAUUAUCCUGGCACAAUUUAGCUUUCUCAAACUCCCGACUCCUAAACGGCCACUGACCAAUCAUAUGACCCGGAGACUGUUGUUUAGGAGCGUGAGCCGACAAACUCUCUGAUACCCCUUUGUCUACUCUGAUUUGGUGGUUUUGCGAUCGCCAACUGCCAUAAAACUUUACGGAAGAAGACAAAAAGGAUCCACAAACUGCGGAACUCCAAAGUGGUGAAGCGAUGCGCCCAUGGAAUAUACAAAUCGGACUUGAAGUGCCCCAGGAGUAUAUCUGCAUGAAUGUGGUUCUUUCCCUUCCCACAGCGGAAAAAACAACUUGAUUCCAAUCUACAGUCCCUGACAAAAGUUGUUGCUUAUCCAUUU